AUGUUGAGACGCACGAGGCGAGCACCAAAGGCAUGCUCGUGGUGUCACCACCGCAAAGUCCGAUGCGACGCUUCCAUCCGUGGGUGUCCUUGCGCGCGAUGUCGGCAGGACGGACGGCCAGAGUGCGUGCUGCGUGGAAGGCUGCCGCGCAACUUCAGCGGGUUCGCGAUCACAGACGAUGAUGCGGGCUAUCUCGGUGCAGAUCCCAUCAGUCGAACGAUAUCCGCCGGGCAUGUUAUCUUCUCAUCGUACCCGUUCGUCGAGCUUCGGGGCGAGAAGUACCUGGAUAAAGACGAUCUGGCUUAUCUUGCAGCGAAAGGAUGUCUGAGUGUUCCUGAUAAAACGCUCAUCGAGGAUUUCCUCCGAGGGUACUUUCUGCACAUUCAUCCGUACGUGCCGAUUCUUGACGAAGCGGAAGUCUGGGAUUUGUAUCGGCAACGGGAUGAAGAUGAUAGUUCGAGGAGGAUGUCGCUAUUGCUGUUUCAAGCAAUUCUCUUUGCUAGUUGUCCGUAUGUUUCGGUCGAGAUUAUUCGGAAGUGCGGUUUUCAAGACAAAAGGAGCGCAAGGAAUGCGUUUUACAACAGGGCAAAGAUUCUUCUCGAUCUUAAAGGAGACGACAGACCACUAGUACAAGCACAAGGAGCCGUACUUCUAUCACUUCACACCUCGGCCGAUGAACCCCAAGCCGGAAGCCUGUGGUUGACUCGCGCCAUCCAAGCCGCCAUGCUUGUCGGAUACAAGGCUGGGCCCUACGAGGACGUAGAAGUCUCCAUCAAGAAGCGACUCUGGUGGUCCAUUAUUCUGCGCGACCGAAGCUUGUGUCUUGGUCUUCGCCGUCGGCCACAGGUUACUUCGAUCGAUAUGGGAAUGGGGAUUGAGCCUCUUGAAGAGGAAGACUUCGCGCAGGAAAUCAAUCGGUCGCUUGUGUAUCGGGCAAACACGAAGCGCUUGCUGUUUAAGGCACUGCAGGAACAGUGUCGUCUGGCGGUUUUGUUGACUGAGAUGGUGUCUUGUGUGUUUGCUUCGCAUGGACUGUCUGCGCCGAGUCUCUCGCUUGAUGAGUUCAAAGAGUCCUUGACGAAUAUUGGGAGGAUCAAAGAGUCAAUGCAGCAGUGGGAAAUAUGCUCGAAGAUCUCAACCUGGUUAGAGGACGAUCUGCCAGAGUCAGUGACGCUGUUUGUGAACUUCACUCUUAUGUAUUACCAAACUGCUCGAAUCGACCUCGCACAUUACGAAGCUCUUCUCAUCGAGAACCACGUCUUCUUUGCUGGACAUGACUACAUCUCACAACUAGUCGACACAGGAACCACCCUCCACGAUGCCAUGAACAGCCUCACAUCCAUAAUGGAAUAUUUUAGCCGCGAAGGCCGUGCUCAGAGCCUUCCACUCAGCGUCCUCGCCUAUGUCGCCAUGCCCCUCGUGCUCUCAGCCAUCGACCUCAAGCUCUCCUCGUCCUCAGCAGACCUACAAACAAGACGUCGCCGUCUCGACGCUCUGGGCGAAAUAGUCCGUCACUCAGGCCAGAUCUACGACGUGACGGAUUGCGUCCGCUCGGGCACAAACCAUAUUCUUCAGCUGGCGUACAUCACGGCCCAGCAUCUUUUUCUUCGGUGGGAUCGUGACUCGUCGUCCCCGUCGACGCAGUCAUGCGCUAGAUCUGAAACCGCGGUCGACGCAGAUCUAAUCGAAGCGUCGGCGCAGCCAUAUGUAGCUCGCAGAGCGAAGAAUUGGUACGAUGCCUUCUUGCAGUGUCCGCGCGCGUAUCUCUUGAUUUCUACCUCGGUGGAUUAUAGUCUCGCGGUGGGACGACUGCCAGGUGAUGGAUGCCUGCCGGAGCUGGUGAGGUCCAUUCCGCCGAUUGGGGUGGGCAUUCGGUUGCCAUGGACUGUUGAUGUUAGGGAGACUGCGAAGCCUCUGGUUAAAUCUGGAGCGACAUGCGAUGCAGACGGUGGGAGUGAGCGAGACCAUGUAUCUCAUGCUGUCUCCGGGAAAACGGAUCAGUCUGGGACUGAGGAUCAGGUUAAUUUGGAUUAUUUUCAUAUGGACGUCAUAUCCAUCAGCUCUUCGAGUCCGUCGCCAGAUGGCAUGUCUGAUAUCGGAGCGUCUGCCAAUCCCGAUGAACAAGGAGCGCAGGAUGAAGCUGUUCCAGAUUUCGACGCAGAUCUGGAUUUCAACAUGGAGGAAUGGCAGUUGGACAACGACGAUGAUAUUUUUGACCCGGUCAUCGCAUCUAUGGUGCAAGACUAUCUUGGAGGCAGUCCAGAAAUGGCCGGGGAGACGACUGUUGUUGACAGCUGA